GUCACCCACGAUCGGUCGGUUGCGUGUGUCUGCUCCUCUUUAACUGGGAGAAGAAAAGCAAUGUGACAGACGGACAGACACUCGUGUAAGAGUCCUGUGUGGAGAACUAAAGCGAACUUUUUUAUCUAACGUAACAUCAGCCGUAAAGUUCGUGGGUCGUCAGGAUACGAGGACGACCGUCAGAUCCACAGUUAACCAUGGUUUCCAUUGACCAUGUCGCCCAGAGAGUACUGACAUACAUCCCAUAUGUACUUGUCUUGAUUGACAUGAGAUAUGAAGGCGUGAAAUGUGGUCGGGAUGGGAGUGUAGACAAUCAUAUAGAGAUGGGGAAGAAACUGCUCGCUGCUGGCCAGCUAGCAGAUGCCCUCUCUCAUUUCCAUGCUGCUGUAGACGGAGAUCCAACCAACUACAUGGCCUACUACAGGAGAGCCACAGUGUUUCUAGCAAUGGGGAAGUCAAAGUCUGCGCUGCCAGACCUGAGCAGAGUCAUUGAGCUCAAACCAGACUUCACAUCGGCACGACUUCAGAGAGGAAAUCUCCUUCUGAAGCAGGGAAGACUUGAUGAAGCAGAAAGUGACUUCAAGAAGGUGAUGAAGUCCAGCGCCAGUGACAAAGAACAGAAAGAAGCCCAGAGCCAGCUGACAAAGUCAGAUGAAAUUCAGCGUCUGGUGGCUCAGGCUCACAGCAGCUUCAGCAGCAAAGAUUAUGUGACAGCUGCUUCCCAGCUUCACGCUGUCAUUGAGACAUGCGUUUGGGAUGUGACUGCUCGUGAGAUGCGAGCUGAAUGUUUUAUCCAGUUGGGAGAGAUGGGGAAGGCCAUCAGUGACCUUAAAGCUGCGUCCAAGUUAAAGAACGACAAUACGCAGGCUUUCUACAAACUCAGCACCAUCUACUAUAACCUUGGAGACCACGAGAUGUCCCUCAAUGAGGUGCGCGAGUGCCUGAAGCUGGAUCCUGAUCACAAGGAGUGUUACAGCCACUACAAGCAGGUCAAGAAGCUCAACAAACAGAUCCAGUCUGCAGAGGCACUCAUCCAAGAGCAGAGGUAUGAAGAAGCAGUGAGCAAAUAUGAGACGGUAAUGAAGACCGAGCCCAACGUGCAGCAUUUCUCUCUGCGCUCAAAGGAGCGCAUCUGCCAUGCGCUAUCAAGGGGCCAGCAGUCGAGCAGAGCUGUGUCAGUGUGUAGCGAAGUCCUGGAGUCAGACCCAGAGAACGUCAACGUGCUGAAGGACAGAGCUGAUGCCCACAUCCAAGAGGAACAGUAUGAAGAAGCCAUCAAGGACUAUGAGACUGCUGCUAAACACAGUGAGAAUGACCGUCAGAUAAAAGAAGGCCUGGAGAAAGCGCAGCGACUCCUCAAACAGUCGCAGAGGAGGGAUUAUUACAAGAUCCUUGGGGUGAAGAGAAAUGCACAGAAGAAGGAGAUCAUUAAAGCCUACAGGAAACUGGCACAGCGGUGGCACCCGGACAACUUCCAGGAUCCGGAGGAAAAGAAAAAGGCAGAGAAGAAGUUUAUAGACAUCGCUCAAGCUAAAGAGGUUCUCACUGACCCAGAGAUGAGAAGCAAGUUCGACCAGGGGGAGGACCCCAUGGAUCCAGAGAGCCAGCAAGGUCACCAUCAUCAUCAUCAUCACUUCCAAGGAGGUUUUAAUCCAUUUGGUUCUGGACCUUUUAACUUUAAAUUUAACUUCAACUGAGGAAGAGGCUCGUCACCCAGCACUACUGAAAGACUCCGUUUCUAUUUUCCUCCCUAUUUGAAAGGGAGGCGGCCCGACACGAGGAACGCCAGUGCGUAACCGUUUAAGCGUGGAGCCAAACUGCCACUUAAAUUCAGUGACCUUAAUUAAAACGACGCAUCACGAAUGUUGUUGAAUAAAGAGCAUCCAAAGAUUCUGCCCGGGGGAAGGACUGUUGCUUGCGCUCACAAAUAUCGGGUUACACGUGAAGCCAGUUCUGUCUGUUGAUUCGACAUGACCGUUUAAUGUACACUAUGCAGUUUGCAUCCAUUCAGAAGAUUCCGUUUGUACACAGGUGCAGCACUAUUUUUAUACGAAUGGAGUUUUUUCUGAAGUGUAAAUAAAGAGCUAUUUAUGUACAUUAAAAUGAACCGAGGGUCACGAGUGAUUGGA